AUGGCGGCCGCGCUGCUGCUGUUGCUGCGCGCUCUACGCCAGGGCCCGGGCCCAGGGCCCGGACAGCUGCGGAGCGUGGGCUCGAGCUGGAGCCCAGGCCCCUCCGCCGAGGUCUGGAGAAGUUGGCCAUGCUUCGCCCAGGGACCUCUGGGGGGCCUCGCUGGGCCUGGAGGCCGAGCCCUGCAGAGCUUGCAGUUGCCACUCCUGACCCCUACCUUUCAAGGGAUCAGUGGACUGUUACUGAAACAGCAUCUAACUAAGAAUCCAGUUAGACUCUGGAAACUUUUAGGUGGUGCCUGCUAUUUCAGCACCUCCGGGAUGAAGCAGAAUAGUAAGGACAAUGACAAAUCCAGGGCAAAGACUCCUGAAGACAAUGAAGAGGAAAGGAAGCGGAAGGAGCGAGAGGACCAGAUGUACCGCGAGCGGCUGCGUACCCUGUUCAUCAUUGCGGUCGUCAUGAGCCUGCUCAACUCCCUCAGCUCCAGUGGUGGCAACAUCUCCUGGAAUGACUUUGUCAAUGAGAUGCUGGCCAAGGGCGAGGUGCAGCGUGUCCAGGUGGUACCUGAGAGCGACGUGGUGGAGGUCUACCUGCACCCAGGAGCCGUGGUGUUUGGGCGGCCGCGGCUGGCCUUGAUGUACCGGAUGCAGGUCGCCAACAUUGACAAAUUUGAAGAGAAGCUUCGAGCAGCUGAAGACGAGCUGAAUAUCGAAGUAAAAGAUAGGAUCCCAGUGUCCUACAAGCGAACAGGAUUCUUUGGAAAUGCCCUAUACGCCUUGGGCAUGACGGCCGUGGGCCUGGCCAUCCUGUGGUACAUUUUCCGCCUUGCUGGGAUGACAGGCCGUGAAGGUGGAUUCAGUGCUUUUAAUCACCUCAAAAUGGCUCGUUUCACUAUUGUGGAUGGAAAGAUGGGGAAAGGUGUCAGCUUCAAAGACGUGGCAGGAAUGCAUGAAGCCAAAUUAGAAGUCAAAGAGUUUGUGGAUUAUCUAAAGAGCCCAGAACGUUUCCUCCAGCUUGGAGCCAAAGUUCCAAAGGGUGCGCUGCUGCUCGGCCCCCCUGGCUGUGGGAAGACCUUGCUGGCCAAGGCGGUGGCCACAGAGGCCCAGGUGCCAUUCUUGGCCAUGGCUGGCCCUGAGUUUGUGGAAGUCAUUGGAGGCCUCGGUGCUGCCCGGGUGCGGAGCCUCUUCAAGGAAGCCCGUCUCCGUGCCCCCUGCAUCGUGUACAUCGAUGAGAUCGAUGCCGUGGGCAAGAAGCGCUCCACCACCAUGUCUAGCUUCUCCAACACAGAGGAGGAACAGACGCUCAACCAGCUCCUGGUGGAAAUGGACGGAAUGGGCACAACAGAUCAUGUCAUCGUCCUAGCGUCCACAAACCGGGCCGACAUUCUGGACAACGCACUGAUGCGGCCUGGCCGGCUCGACCGCCACGUUUUCAUUGACCUCCCCACCCUGCAGGAGAGGAAAGAGAUCUUCGAGCAGCACCUCAAGAGUCUGAAGCUGAUGCGGGAGAGUGGAUUUUACUCACAGCGUCUGGCAGAGCUGACGCCCGGGUUCAGUGGUGCUGACAUUGCAAAUAUCUGCAACGAGGCUGCACUGCACGCCGCACGAGAGGGGCACACGUCUGUCCACACCUCCAACUUUGAAUACGCUGUGGAGCGCGUGUUGGCAGGCACUGCCAAGAAGAGCAAGAUCCUGUCGAAGGAGGAGCAGAGGGUGGUGGCAUUCCAUGAAUCGGGCCAUGCACUGGUUGGCUGGCUCCUAGAGCAUACAGAGGCCGUGAUGAAGGUCUCCAUCGCACCACGGACCAACGCGGCUCUGGGCUUCGCACAGAUGCUGCCACGGGACCAGCAUCUCUUCACCAAGGAGCAGCUGUUUGAGCGGAUGUGCAUGGCACUGGGUGGCCGCGCCUCCGAGGCCAUCUCCUUCAACAGGGUGACUUCUGGGGCACAGGAUGACCUGCAGAAGGUCACCCGGAUUGCUUACUCCAUGGUGAAACAGUUUGGGAUGGCGCCCAGCAUUGGCCCUGUCUCCUUCCCUGAUCCCCAGGAGACUCCAACUGGGAUUGGCCGGCGCCCUUUCAGCCAGGGCCUCCAGGACCUGAUGGAUCACGAAGCAAAGCUGCUGGUGGCUAAGGCCUACAGGCACACGGAGCAGGUACUGCGAGACAACAUGGACAAGCUGCAGGCGCUGGCCAACGCAUUGCUGGAAAAGGAAGUGAUCAACUACGAGGACAUUGAGGCCCUCAUCGGCCCACCUCCCCAUGGGCCCAAGAAGAUGAUCCUGCCCCAGAGGUGGGUUGACGCAGAGCAAGAAAAGCAGGACUCAGACGAAGAGGCUGCACAGCAGCCCCCACUCAGGAGAGAGGAGACCUCCUAG